ACGAGCCCCGACCUCGUCGGCUCCCUCCGUGUGCUCUGUGCCCUAAAUCCUGCUCACCACGGUCCGCUCACAGCCCAACCGUCUUCCGCCGCCACCCUCAACGGCGGCGCUCACCACCAUCCUGUUCCUCCUCUGUUAGAAGUCGCUAAAAGCUCAAGUGAAAGGUGUGAUCGGGACUUGAAGGUUUCGUUUCUUCUUCAUUUGAUCCAUCGGAGCAGUGAGCAAAGAUGAGGAAGUUGAAGUUCCACGAGAAAAAGCUCCUCAAGAAGGUCAAUUUCAUCGAGUACAAACGCGAGGGCGGCCACCGAGAAGCCCUCGUCACGCGCCGUUACCACCUCACCGAGAGAGAUGACUACAAGAAGUAUUCGAGUAUAUGCAGGAUGGUGCAGAAGCUAGUGCACGUCUUGAAGCAAAUGGAUCCCAGAGACCCUUUCCGUAUCGAGAUGACAGAUGCCCUGCUGGAAAAGCUUUAUAAUAUGGGUGUAAUCUCAACAAAAAAGAGCUUGGCCAAGUGUGACAAACUCUCAGUUAGUUCCUUCUGUAGACGCAGGCUGGCUACUGUUUUGGUGUACCUAAAGUUUGCUGAGCAUCUAAGGGAGGCUGUAACAUACAUCGAACAAGGCCACAUCCGGGUAGGGCCAGAUGUGGUGACAGAUCCGGCAUUUCUCGUGACAAGGAACAUGGAGGACUUUGUGACCUGGGUGGAUUCUUCCAAGAUCAAGAGGAAGGUGAUGGAGUAUAAUGAAAGAUUGGAUGACUACGAUGUGCUGAAUGCUUAAGUUAUCUAUCUAGUAUCCAUGGGGUAAUCUCUUAGGCAUGCAAGACAAACUGAUGAGGGUAGUUCUCCCGGCCUGGUUGAGAUACAAUAUCUAAUCCAAUUAUCCAGUUUCAGCUGAGUUUGUUGAACAAUGCUAUCCAACAUAGAAACCGGAAGCCUUGAAAGGGCAAUCAUAGUGUCCCAAACAUAUUUUAAAUAUUGUAAAUUCUAGGUAUUUGAGUGGGAUGUGAAAUCAGAAACAACCGAGGUUCUAUUC